AUGGAGGACUCGGAAAAGUCCAUCAAGGCCGACUACUCACCACGAAGCUCAUCAACGCUACCCGAGUAUGGCGAGACUACCGUACACAAAGGCACAUGGUCAACUCGACUCGUCGACAGCUUCAAGCGUGAUCCGAACGCACAUGCAACACCAAAGAGCGCUGUCGGCGCAGAUGGAAGAGUCUUCGAUGUUGAGGGUGCUGUGGCUGCGACUGCCAACUCACCUCUGCAGAGGUCACUGAAGGGACGCCAUCUUCAGAUGAUUGCCAUUGGAGGCUCUAUCGGGACUGGUCUCUUCGUCGGCUCUGGCUCAGCUCUCGCACAUGGUGGUCCUGCCUCGUUGCUGAUCGCCUUCGGUCUGGUCGGAAUCAUGUUGUACUGCACGGUGCAUGCGCUGGGUGAAAUGGCUGUGCUGUUCCCAGUUGCCGGAUCUUUCUCAGCUUACUCGACUCGGUUCCUGGACCCUGCUUGGGGUUUUGCCAUGGGUUGGAAUUACGCCAUGCAAUGGCUUGUCGUCCUUCCGCUCGAGAUUGUCGCCGCCACAAUUACCAUCGAAUACUGGUCAGGCGGCUCCAUCAACAAUGACGCCUGGGUCGCCAUCUUCCUCGUUCUGAUCAUAGUUAUCAACCUGCUCGGAGUGAAGGGAUAUGGUGAGGCCGAGUUCGUCUUCGCCAUCAUCAAGGUUGUCGCCAUCAUCGGAUACAUCAUCCUCGGCAUUAUCCUCAACUGUGGUGGCGGUCCAAACGGUGGCUACAUCGGGGGCAGGUACUGGCACACUCCAGGCGCUUUCAACAAUGGCUUUAAGGGUCUCUGCUCUGUCUUCGUGACAGCCGCUUUCGCCUUCGCCGGUACGGAGCUGGUUGGUUUGGCUGCUGCUGAGACCGAGAACCCGAGGAAGUCGCUGCCGACGGCCAUCAAGCAGGUGUUCUGGCGAAUCCUGCUCUUCUAUAUUGUUUCGUUGACGAUCGUCGGGCUUCUCGUGCCAUACGACAACCCGCAGCUGCUCAACGGCACAUCCAGUGCGGACGCCAAGGCAUCGCCAUUCGUUAUCUCUAUCACCAACGCCGGCAUCAGCGGCCUACCAUCAGUCAUGAACGUGGUCAUCAUGAUUGCGGUUCUCUCCGUCGGCAACUCCUCCAUUUAUGGCAGCUCGCGCACUCUCGCAGCACUCGCGGACCAGAACCAAGCACCAAAGAUUCUUGGAUACAUCGAUCGCAAGGGCCGCCCGAUUGUGGCCAUCGGUCUCGCAUCCGUGCUUGGACUCCUCGCCUUCUUCGCCGGUUCAUCCUUCCAGACCGACGCCUUCAAUUGGAUGUUGGCACUUUCUGGUCUCUCCUCAAUCUUCACCUGGGGCAGCAUCUGCCUCUCCCAUAUCCGCUUCCGCGCCGGCUGGAAGAAGCAGGGCCACAGCCUGAACGAGCUCGCAUUCCGCAGCCAGCCAGGUGUCAUUGGCUCUUGGAUCGGCUUAAUCUUCAACUGCUUGGUCCUCGUCGCCCAGUUCUGGACUGGUGCUUGGCCGAUCGGGUACGCCAGCACGACUGCAGGUGAGCUGGUCGAGAACUUCUUCAUGGCAUAUCUUGCUGCGCCGAUCGUGAUCCUCUUUUACGUCUUCUACAAGAUUUGGAGGAAGACGCCGUUCGUCAGAAGCCAUAACAUGGAUCUGCACACUGGUGUGAGGGAUUUGAAUAUUGCGGAGCUGAUCGAGGAGGAGCGGAUAGAGAGGCAGAGCUGGUCGCCUUGGAAGCGGUACUAUAAGCUCUUCUGCUAG